AUGUUCAGAUCAAUUCUUCGUCAAACUAGAGCUUUGAAUGGAUUUACCAAUGGUUCCAGAAGUUUAGCUACUGCAGCUGCUUCCAAGCCAGCUCCAAGAUUAAAGACUUUUAAAAUUUACAGAUGGAAUCCUGAUACUCCAGAAGUUGAACCAAAAAUGCAAAGUUAUGAUAUUGAUUUAAAUGAAUGUGGUCCUAUGGUUUUAGAUGCCAUUUUAAAAAUUAAGAAUGAACAAGAUGCUACUUUAACAUUUAGAAGAUCAUGUCGUGAAGGUAUUUGUGGAUCUUGUGCUAUGAAUAUUGGUGGUAGAAACACUUUAGCUUGUUUAUGCCGUAUAGAAACUGAUACUUCAAAGGAAACCAAGAUUUAUCCAUUACCUCAUAUGUUUGUUGUCAGAGAUUUAGUGCCUGAUUUAACUCACUUCUAUAAACAAUAUAAAUCUAUUCAACCAUAUUUACAAAGAGAUACUCAUCCUGCUGAUGGUAGAGAAAACUUACAAAGUAUUGAAGACAGAGCUAAAUUGGAUGGUUUAUAUGAAUGUAUCUUAUGUGCUUGUUGUUCUACUUCUUGUCCAUCUUAUUGGUGGAAUCAACAAGAAUACUUGGGUCCAGCUGUCUUGAUGCAAGCUUAUAGAUGGUUAAUUGAUUCCAGAGAUCAAGCUUCAGGUAUCAGAAAGGAAAUGUUACAAAACUCUAUGUCUUUAUACAGAUGUCAUACUAUUAUGAACUGUGCUAGAACAUGUCCAAAGGGUUUAAAUCCAGGUAGAGCCAUUGCUGAAAUCAAGAAACAAUUAGCUUUCGAUUAG